UGUUCUCUAAAGAAUUUCUCAGGCUCAAAAUCCAAUACAGGAGUGACUUGGAACUCCAUUCUAUCACUAUGAAGAAAAGUGGUGUUCUUUUCCUCUUGGGCAUCAUCUUCCUGGUUCUGAUUGGAGUGCAAGGAACCCCAGUAAUGAGGAAGGGUCGCUGUUCCUGUAUCAACACCAACCAAGGGACUAUCCACCUACAAUCCUUGAAAGACCUUAAACAAUUUGCUCCAAACCUUUCCUGUGAGAAAACUGAAAUCAUUGCUACGCUGAAGAAUGGAGAUCAAACAUGUCUAAACCCAGAUUCAGCAGAUGUGAAGGAAUUGAUUAAAAAGUGGGGAAAACAGGUUGGUGAAAAGGAGGAUCAAAGAUUUCUUUCUUUUAGAAAUUAA